AUGUAUUUUGUGUUUGAAGCGUCGACAGGGACCCUUCGUGCGCUGGGAGCAGAAUCUGGUACUGUCGACGGGCUCAAAAACUCCCUCUUCAAUCACACAAAUGUUCCUCCGGAAAGACAGAUUCUCCUUGAUGAACAAGUAUACGGAAUCUCCAGAACUGGGCUUAGCAGCCUGUAUUUAAACCUGAGUGAGGGAUGUGCCCUUGAAAAUGGAAUAAGAAUCAGCGGCUUUCAAAACUCCGAUAGCAGGCCAUUAUGUUUAUUCGAUAUUCGCCUCCCGGAAGUGUCCUACGCCGAGUUAGGUCCCUUGCCAGAUGUGGAGGAUGAAUUCUACGAGUUUAUCAAUUUGGACCCAUCGCAGUUUUCGGCCGAUCAAUUCGCCAAAGUGGCCGAGUCCAUCCUCAAAUAUGACCGAGAGUGGUUUUCAAAAGCAAAAACAACAAUCCAAAGCUACCGCCUCAUUCUGUACGCUCUCGACGUCGCGCUCAAGAAUCUGGACUCUGUCCAGGCCAAGUACCGCGCCCAUUUGGUUGCCAACGAAGAUUUAUUCCCCGAGUUCGAGCGCAACUUCGCCAACAUCUCAUCCCUCAUUGCCACAGCUCGUCAACGCAUGGAAAGGCUGAAGACUGAUUACGUCCCUGAAUGCAUGUCGCCCAGUAAAAUCAAGAUGAUUGACUUCAUCGAACUCGACACGACAAACUCGUACCAGAAAAUUCUUGAAAGUUUGGAAGCUACAAUUUCAAAGGUAUCAUUGAAAAUCAUCAUCGACUCCAAAAAUCGUCUUGGUAAUUUACUCAACACACCUAUCAGAAACUUGACGAAUGCAGAAAAAACGAUCGCAUCGCUGGAAGAAAACUACGAAGCCGUAACGGAGAAUUUCAAGCAGCAAGAGCAGAUUUAUCAUUCGAUGGAGCGUUCCAUGGGGCAAGGAGCAUCGGGGACGAACAAUCUUCGGAUAAUGCUCCACAAUCAUAUGGAAGUAAAACGAUUCACAGAAAGUUGCUUCGAGUACAAAAAGAAGCUCCUUCUUUCGACCCGUCGGAUAAUCGGGGAGGUCUUUCAGCGCCAAAACGAUUUGUAUCAGGCGGACGUUGGCUUCAUUCAAAAUCGCCGGCGCGUCCAAAGAAUCAUGAAGCUCAGUGGAGUGCUCAAGGAAAUCCCGAGAGCGGAUGACUUCGGCCAUGUGAUUGAGGAGAUCCACUCGAGGAAGCAUUUUGGAGAAAAGUACAGCAAGUGGCAUGAGAGACAACGAGUUUUCGCUGAACGAGUAUGCUCAAAAGAGAGGGAACGAAGAGAUGAACUAGAUAUUGAAUGUCCAGCGCUUGUAAAAUUUCUGCCCAGGAGCCCUCUUCCGAACCAAAGCUCAAACAUUGAACGUCUAACCCCCGAACUGUCAAGUCACGAAUUACCUCAUCCCGCUUCGCCCUCAUUUUUACCUCCCCCGCUGCCUUGGUUCCAGGACAGUGCCUUCCAAACUGAUCCCGAGCCCGAGAAAGAGGACGAGUUCUUUGACGCGCCAGAGUUCGAAAACGCCUGCUUGCAGACUUCCACGGUGGGAUCCGCCGAGGCAGCAGUCGAGACUGUCCUGACGAAGACGGAAAGUAAAGCUCUUCAAAUCUCGUCCUCUGAAUUUUCUGUACCUAAAACUUCGAGCUCUAUAUCUUCACAAACACCUUCAAAAGAAGUUGAUGACUUUUCUGGGCAGGCCAUUCCUCUGAGUGCUUCUUUUGGUCUUCAAUUCGACUCACCGAAAUCACCUGUCUCGGAUCUAGAAGUCCAAACAGAGUCCUCAUCACUUCGAUCCAUUGAAAUACAAACUUCUCGACCUCGACGUACCGAAUCCUUUUCGCAAACAGACGAUGUCGAAAGUGAAGUUGAAAUCCUCUUGGCUAAGAAAGUCGUCGAUGCUGAGCAACUGGCGAAAGAAAACUCGGAGCAUUUGGCCAUGCUUGUCAAGCUCUUCGAAAUUCUUGAAGCAAAAUACCACGCGCACGAAGAUCGCACGUUAUCAAAGGAAAAGGAGCUUGAAGAGAGUAUAGAAGAAGUGUCGACAGAGCGAGAUCAGUUCAAAUGUGAACUUGAUGAAGUGAAAUCAGAGAUGUUCCAGCGCGAUCAGAAAAUCACCUCACUCGAGCUUGAGCUUUCAAACCAGCGCUCCUCCGUCCAUGAGCUCGAGCGCACGAACAUGGAUCUCGAAGAACAGCUUCUCGAGCUCCGUCAAAAGCUCGAACUCAAUGAAGCAGCUAAAACGCGGCAAAACGAGCUUGAGCGUUCUUAUGAAAGAAUAAAGAUCGACAUCGCUCGUGUUACCGACGAGCGCGACGAGUACAGAUCACUUGCGGAAAGUCUUAAAGCGCAUCAGCCCAAUGUUGGCUUGAUGGAGCAAAGCAUCGCGAUUGGCCCAAUUUGGCCGAGCUCGCCCUCUCCUAUUCCGAUAAAAAGCCACGGCGGAAGCGGAUCGAACUUAAUGACGCAAUCGUGUCACCCAGGCCUAUCCAGUGACUCCCCCGCCAAUCAAUCCCCAGUUCCAGAAGGUUCAAAAGACGCCGAUGAGCGCGAUCACUUUCAAGUUGGCGACUCUGUUUUGGUCAUUUUCAACAAAGACAAGAAGCAGUACGUUUUGCACACGACCGGAUUAAGGUUCUAUUUUGUCCACGAAGGAUGCUUUGAUUCCCUUGGAUUGGAGAAGCCUGAUAAAUGCACUGAUACUGAAAUUUGUCUUGAGUGUGAAAUCGCAGAGAAACCCGUUCUAUGUGUAACUCGACGGAGCAAAAACCGCUACAAUCUUCCGUCGCACACGAAAUUCUACAGAGUCAAGGUCAAACUUGCCGACGAUUAG